AUGGACUUCCGGCGCCCUGAUUUUAAGGUCGUGGCGCGAAAGCAACCAGCAACAAAAUAUGAUAUAAUUUGGCCAACCAUCAAAUUAUCGAACGGACAUACAAUCGUGAUGAUAAGGCAAAUACAUAUGGUGGAGCUUAACAACCAGAUUCAGAUGUCUCGUCAAAGGAAAAAAACCACACAUCUAUUAGCUCUCGCGUCCGCAGCUGCCACUCGUUUGGAACAGAUUAGCAGCUCUGCAAAACCAACGCUUCGGGUUACCUCGACAUGGAUGAAUGCUGGGAUUAACGCCUGGGAAAUACGAGAGUUACAUCAUCUAGAGAUUGAGAGGGAAUCUUUAUUCGUGCAAGGUAACGUUAUGCUAGGUAUGAACAUAAUUCGAAUAUCCUCUUCGACGAUCGCCAGGUUUUCCUCCAACCAAAAGAGCGUUGGGUUGAAAGGUAGAGAAGUCGUUAUUGGAAAGGUCCCGAACCCGAACACUGGCAUCCGGCAUCAUCAAUUGGUGUACUGGUACUAUGCUCUACAGAUUCUGCCACCGCAGGUGUAUGCUUGGAAUUCCCGAGUUGACGGAAACAAUCUGGUCAGCGCAGAGUCUAUUGUGAUGAUAAAAUGCAAGGUAUACCCCUCGCCCAAAUCCAGGAGCGUUUCAGCUGCAAGAUUGGAUCAAAAUAUGUUUGCUAUUUUUUCAAAUUCUGAAAUAAAGGGCGACUGCAGCCAAAUUCUCUCAUUCCGAAACCUCCACUAUUGCAAGGAUAUCGAGUUAGCAAUGCCAAGGACUCAACUGCAUGUUGACGAAGCAGAGCAGCUUGUUGAUAGUUCCCAAUUCGCUAGAGGCCCUGCUGUUAGCCGAGAAUAG